CGGCGCGGCGAGCGGCGGCGGCGGCGAUGAGAGCGGGCAGUGCGAACUGCCGGAGCAGCCGCCGGCCGCCAUAUCGGCACACAAAGCUGGUCCCAGAUUUGAGCGGCGGCGAGGCCCCCUGAUGAGCCAGCCUGGGGAGCGCCAUGGAUCUGACUAAGAUGGGCAUGAUCCAGCUGCAGAACCCCUGCCACCCCACCGGGCUGCUGCACAAAGCCAACCAGAUGCGCCUGGCGGGGACGCUGUGCGACGUGGUCAUCAUGGUGGACAGUCAGGAGUUCCACGCGCACCGGACGGUGCUGGCCUGCACCAGCAAGAUGUUCGAGAUCCUCUUCCACCGAAACAGCCAACAUUACACCCUGGACUUCCUCUCGCCAAAGACCUUCCAACAGAUCUUGGAGUAUGCCUACACUGCUACCCUGCAGGCCAAGGUCGAAGACUUGGAUGACCUGCUCUAUGCUGCUGAGAUCCUGGAAAUCGAGUACUUGGAGGAGCAGUGCCUGAAGAUCCUGGAGACCAUCCAGGCCUCCGAGGACAACGAUACUGAGGUCACCAUGACUGAUGGAGCCACCACCAACACCACUGAGGAAGAGGAGGAGAGGAAGUCAAGGUACAUCAAGGGCCUCUUCAUCUCUAAGCCUGCUGGUGAGGAGAGUGGCUAUGCCAGCACAGCCAGCCAGAGCCUGCCUGGAGCUGCUGCGCAACAGAGCCCCUCAGCCUCUGCUUCCUUUGGCCCCCUUUCUGCCAUGAGUCCCACCAAGGCAGCAGUAGAUAGCUUGAUGACCAUCGGGCAGUCGCUACUGCAGGGUGCUCUGCCGCCCACUGCCCCUGAGGACUCGCACCUCAACAGCCACUGUCCCCCUGGCCUCGCUGAGGUCAAAACUGAAGUGAUGCAGGUGGACGAUGCCUCCAGCCAUGACAGCCCCCAGACGGCCGAGCCGGGUGCCUCCAGUGGGGAGAAGUCCGAGGAGAAGGGCAAAGAAGGACCUGGUACCCCGACCCGCAGCAGUGUCAUCACCAGUGCCCGUGAACUGCACUACACCCGCGAGGAGGGUGCUGAGCCACCACCCGAGUCUGGACAGGGGCUGCCGCUAGGUCCAGAGCCCUCUGCUGCCAUUGCCCAGGGUGAGAAGCCUAUGGGCAUCUACACCCUGUUGCCGAACCACAAGACUGAGUCGGUGCUUGGUGUGCCGCCGGCUGUGGCGUCUGCCCUGCACGUGCAGCCUGCUCUGGCUGUCUCCAUGGACUUCAGUGCCUACGGGGGGCUGCUGCCCCAGGGCUUCAUCCAGCGGGAGCUCUUCAGCAAGCUGGGGGAGCUGGCAGCUGGCAUGAAGACAGAGAGCAGAGCCCUGGGCGAGCAGUGCAGUGUGUGUGGGGCAGAGCUGCCAGACAACGAGACCCUGGAGCAGCACAGAAAGCUGCACAGCGGGAUGAAGACCUACGGAUGUGAGCUGUGUGGGAAGCGGUUCCUGGACAGCUUGCGGCUGCGAAUGCACUUACUGGCUCACUCAGCGGGCUCCAAGGCUGUAGUCUGUGAUCAGUGUGGCGCUCAGUUCUCAAAGGAAGAUGCCCUGGAGACGCACCGGCAGACACACACUGGGACGGACAUGGCUGUGUUCUGCCUGCUGUGCGGGAAGCGGUUCCAGACACAGAGUGCCCUGCAGCAACACAUGGAGGUGCACGCUGGAGUGCGGAGCUACAUCUGCAGCGAGUGCAACCGCACCUUCCCCAGCCACACCGCGCUCAAGAGGCACCUCCGCUCCCACACAGGUGACCACCCGUACGAGUGUGAGUUCUGUGGCAGCUGCUUCCGGGAUGAGAGCACGCUGAAGGGCCACAAGCGCAUCCACACUGGUGAGAAGCCCUACGAGUGCAACGGCUGCGGCAAGAAGUUCAGCCUCAAGCACCAGCUGGAGACCCACUACCGGGUCCACACAGGCGAGAAGCCCUUUGAGUGCAAGCUGUGCCACCAGCGCUCCCGGGACUACUCAGCCAUGAUCAAACACCUCCGGACCCACAACGGUGCUUCCCCCUACCAGUGCACCAUCUGCCUGGAGUACUGCCCCAGCCUCUCCGCCAUGCAGAAGCACAUGAAGGGCCACAAGCCGGAGGAGAUCCCCACCGACUGGCGGAUAGAGAAGACCUACCUCUACCUCUGCUACGUCUGAGGGAGGAGGCACAGGGUCAGUGGGGCCGAGUGGUAGAGGAGGACUGGGCAAAAAAACAACCAUGAAACUGCAGCGUCCACAGCCUUGUUUGUUUUCGAUUGUUGUUCGUUGCUUCUUGCCCAAAGGAUCCUGCAGCUUGUGCCAGGGCAGGGGGAUGCACCAGCCCCUUCCCCAGCCCCAUCUGCACCCCCUCCCCAGCUGCCCUUACUGUGGGAUGACUCUCUCCCCUCGCUCCCUGGCCAGCCCCUCCAUCACUGCUGGUGUUGGCCACAAGCACUGCCUGGAAGACCACAUAGGAAAGAUGCACUUCCCUGAAAGUGUGCACCUGGCGUCACCAGUGCGUUGAGAAGGCUUCGUUUCUGGUGUUCUCUGUCACCGUGGAGACCCCACUGUGGAUGCCCCUCUGAGGACCCAAGCCCAUAGGUGGGGCACAGCCCCAUAUGGGGCUCAGCCCCUGUUUCUGGAGAGUUCUCACACUCUUGGCCUGCCAGCAUCCAGCAAGAGCAUCCCCAGGGUGAUCCUGGAUGGAGGAGGGUAUCUGGGGCACAGAACCACCAGGUGAGAGCUGGGCAGCCCAGUGCUGAUUGGGUCUGGGCGGUUGUGAGAGGCACCCAGAGCCUGCUGCCCUCCCCCUGACCAAAGACCUCUCUAUGCAUUUCCCCUGCCUUCCCUGGGAGAUGCAGCCGGUUUGGUAAUGCGUGAUCAAUGCCGGUGUGGGUGCUACCGGCGCACAGCAUCGCUCUGAACAGGGGGAGGAUCCUCUUCUUUCUGCUGACUCGAGAUGCCAGGAAGGUGCCGAGUGUGGUUUUUUUGCCCAGCCCUCAGCUGCAGGAGCCCACCAGUGAGGGGUGCCCAGUGGCAGGCAGCUUCGCUCGCCACUUCCUUUGCUUUUCGUUCGGUUUUUCUGAACUUUCUUUUGGAAUAUUUCCGCAUUUAGCACAUUUUACUUGAAAUUACCUCGUUUUUUUGUGACCUCAUGAGCUUUUAUUGAUUUGGGGGGGACAGGGGGCAGUGUGGCUGGGAAGGCACAUGCCUGGCGCUGGCAGUGGAGGGGCGGCGCAGCGGCGGUGGUCUUGUCCCUGCCGGCCUCCUGUUGUGCAUUAUCCUUACCAAAACUGGUAUUUUUUGCCCGGCCCUUGGGGCCAGGGUUGUCAGUUCUGAAGCUACCUCUUGUGUUUGUUUUUGUUGUGUUUCUCCUUGGCAGACACAGGCUCUGCAGUUUCCAUCCCAUGCAGUGCCUGCAGCCACUGCUUCUUUUUAUCAUUUUGCUGUGUUUGAAUGAAGAUUGGGGAAGAAGAGCCGGGGGAGUGGGACAGUGCCCGGCUGCAGCUUGGAGGGUGCUGAUGGGCCCUUGUGGGUUGAGAUGCAGAACUCACCCCACCUCUGCUAGUGCCGAGCAGGGGUGCAGGAGCAGCAUCCUCUCUGGCAUGCCAGCCUGGUGGUGCCCAUGAAUCUGCCUCUGGGCGUGGGCCUGUUGCUGCUGGGUGCAGCAGGGCAGCCACCGCUGCUGUACAAUACGGGAUGUGACUGCGCAGAGCAGCUCGUGUCAUUGUUGUGCCUAAGUGAAAAAAAAGAGAAAGAUAUGACAAGUACCCAGUCCUUGCACACGGAAAGCUGCUGCAAUUUCCGGCGUGCGCACGGUAGCUGCUGGCCGCGGGCGCCACGGUGCCGCAGAGCACACGGGUGAGCUCAUGUGGCUUUUUUUUGCUUUAACCAGCCCUUCCAUUCCACCAGCCCCUUCCCUCCCUCCCUCCCUCGGUGCCCGCUGGGAUUGGUGUUGGAGCAAUGCUACUGUGCUGUGCGACAUCACGGUGCCCCAGGCACAGGUCCCUAUAUCCGUUUGCCAUGGUGUGGCACACUGUGGCACACCCCGCCGCCCCUCCAUAUAUAUAUAUAUAAGUAUAUAUAUGUGUACGCUAGCAGUGAGGACCAAGCGCCCCGUUGGGCCCUGGCCCCGGGUCCCCUCCCCUGGCUUGUCGUUGGUGUCGUGACGCCCACCUGCCCGUCCCGUUGCUCUGUGUUGCCGCUCGUGGUUUGGGUCCGUCGCUGUCCUCGUUCCGUCUACCUCAGCACCUCUGUGAGCCCGGGCGCAGAAGGUGCCCCAGUCCCCUUUGGUUUUCUCAGAGUAUCUAUCAGCUCCUAUUUUUUGUACGACUCUCUCCCCCCCUUUGCCCUUCACCCCCCUGCGGUUCUGCUUGCGAGUCCUCUCUGUCUUCUAGCCACAGAUGCCGUUAGCUAAAAGUUUCCUGAAAAAUAAAGAAAAAGAAAAAAAAAAUACAAAAUAAACCCCCGCCCCCCCCCCCAAAAAAAACCCCAAAAAAAAAAAAGAAACCAGUUGUGGUGUCUCCUAGUUGCAGCUCUCCACAUCUGCCUUCGUCCUGUGUAGAUUCAGAUGCAUUUCUUUGUAAGACUUCAGUGUUUCUGACAGAGAUAAAAAGAAAAAAAAAAGAGAAAAAAUGGGAAAAAAAAAAAAAGAAUAUACUGCUGCAGGUUUUUUUCUCCAUGUGUCACUAAGUGAAGUUUGUGCCUUCUAUAGCAAAGAGAAUAUUUUUUACAUCCUACUAACGGUAGAUUUUUUUGUAGUGAACAUUUUUUGUAUUUUUAUUUAUAAGUCUCAUAAGGAAAAUAGCAAUGUUCAGUUGUAUACCUUGGAUCUGCAGUUAGAAAACAAAAGAACAACCAAUAAAGUUAAUUCCGUUGUCUCGGC